AAUAUCCGGAUUCACCGUCCACACGUUAUCGGAUUCGUUGCGGAUUUAUUUUUUUCCACUUUGGAGAGCGGAUCUAAAAAUAUCCAGAUUCGCUGCUGAAUUCGCUGAAUGCGUGUGGAUGGAAGCCGUAUCUGGAAAGAAAAAGUUGCGGAUUCAAAAAUGUCCGGAUACACGUGGACGAGGCCUAAGUUAUUUUUAGCCUGUCAGGACAUUCUUACCGGGUUGUUAAGUCAUGUUAAGUUGUAAUAGUAGUGACUGCUAGAAUAGUUAUGCUGAAUUGUACACUUUCUCUCUUUGGUUUCAUUUUGUUUGAAAUAGCGUUUAUCAAAAUUUGGUGCAGGUUUACAACACAAUGUGUCAAUCAGGAGAGUUCAUAUUUUCGGCGAGCAAAAAAAAUCAAAACAAGAAACUGAAGAAAGAAAAGGAACUUUCGUCUGGAAUUCAAUGUUUAUCCUGCUACCCUGAGUUUCCGAUGGGUGGAAGAAGGCAAAUAAAGUUGAAAAGGCUACUAACUUGAAUUUAACUCAGUUACACAAAUUAAGUUCUGCGAUUCCGCUCAAUAUAUUCACGAUUAUUUCACGCUGUUAGUCAGGGGUCCCGUAGCAGUAAAUGGCUUGUAAAACCAUUUUCGUUCAGUUAGUUCGUUAAAAAAAUAUAUAUAUUUUUAAGCCCGGCGUAGCUAUCAUGCCCAAUACAUUCUGAAGUAGACAGUUUGUAAACUUGUUUUCCUAACGGCGACAUUCACAUCCCUAAGAAUGUGGAUAGGUUCACUACCAAAUUUGAUCCUUUUUGACAACCUCCACUGUGUUUCAAUGAUUGAGCAGACUGCAUACCAGUCCUGUUGGCACGAAUCAAAGAUGUGCGCAUUUGAUUUCAGCUCAACCUUGCCAGUGCUAACAUUCAGUCUUAGUUAUGACCGUUGAUAUGUGCCAGCCAAGGCCUCGUUUUCCGACCCAAUCGGACUGCUUCUCGCGAUAUUUCAUUUGAAGAAAUUUCAUGGCCCAGUCCAUUAUUAGAAUAGCUGACUUGUUGUCGGCUGUGAUCCUGUUUAGCCUCUCAGGCCUGGUUUAUCGAACAUCUUGCUUUCCACAGCAAGAUGUCUGACUUGCGCGGUCAAAGGCAUAUAACAGAUCUUCUCGUUGCUCUGAACUUCCUGAUCCGUGUUUGUUAAGUACCAAGAAUCUGCGGCAUGACCACACGAUUAUAUACCACGCCCACCAGCCCCCUCCCAAACGAAAUAAUGGUGAACCUUGAACGACCAGUAGGUAGUUGUAUUGCUAAGCAACUUUGUAAAUAAAAGAAUGAGCAAUUUUAUUAAUGUUGUUGUUGUUGUUUUAAAAUUUGUGUAAUAUUCAGAACAAACUAUCUUUCAUUGCGGCAGGGUGCCCGAUAGUCUCUAAACGAUGCACUCCUGGAUACACCCAUAGCGCACUCGUGAAAUGACUCAUGGGAAAAUGAAGUCUGUGUCAGCUUUAGGGCCUUCAAACGUAAACAGUGACAACAACAUGCAGUGGUUACAAAAUAAAAUCUUCAAAGAUAAAACCUACGCGAACCAACGGGUGUAGCUUAUCCAGAAGAUGUUUUUAACUUUCCUGGCUAGCUUGAAAUUAAUUACAUGUGUUCCAGUCACCGCCGUUGAUGUCUUGGAUACUGGCAGGUGUUAGGGGUUGCCGGUACUUUCCCAGGGUAAAUUAAAACAUAAUUAAAACGAUGAGCUAGAUAAACCGUCAUCUUCUUAACCUGUUCUUCUGAGAGCUCUACAAAACCUGCACUUGCCAGUAUUAGAUCUUUUUCAGAAACAUUUUGAAGGUGCGACCUGGUCUCGCUGUCACAGGUGUUUAGGGCUACACAAUCUGUUAAUCCACGACUACUUCCGCACUCAUCACCUGUAAACUGCCGAGAAGGAAGACAAGCCUGCCAUUUCAAACAGCAAAAACAACGCAAAGCGGCAAAAAAUAAAUUCGUUUUCUCUAGCGUAAUUCAAAAUUUUUGCCAUUUACACCGCUUCUAAGUUUUGUUUGUGUGGAACCUUCUGUAAGUUAGGUAUACUUAUUAGAUGUACAAUUUAAACCGGUUUUCAUUGAAAACAAUCUGAAUUUGCAUGACAGCCUUAUUUGCAUUAUGAAGUGUGAUAUUCUCGAAAGCCCUUAAAGUUCGAAGUUGCUGUGAAGAUAAAAAGCGCAAGGUAUUUUUACACUUCUAUGCUUCCCAACAUCUGUUUGGCAGAAUUUAGUUGAAGUUUAAUUACAGACGGUCCUGUCUAGACUUGAGAAAUUAUAACGCCAGUGAAGACAGGGUUUCAGAAAGUGAUCUAUUGGGUAGACUUUUAAUUGUACGAACCUCUGACUCAAAAUAUAUCGAAAGUAGCACGCGCUCUGAGCCUUUUGAAGGAACACGGAGAUAGCUAGGAAUAAUAAUAAAUUUUUGUUGCGCUCGGUGGUUUUUGAACAGAGAGCUCAUCCAUUUCGGCAAUUUUCCAUCUUGGCCAUGCUCAAAUUAGGCGUCUUGCAGGCUCUGAAUUCAAUAUUAUGACGUACCGAUUUCCAAAAACAACUAAAUUCGUUACAUUUACUUGUGACACGACAACGUUCACUGGGCACAAAUGCAGUGAAUCGCUUUUACAGAGACUGCCACACAAAAACUGAAAUCGAUUGCGGAAUCUGAAAAAUAGCUUGGUAUGAAAAAAAUUAACCUCAUAGAUUGCAAUUUGUAACAAAACUAAUUUAUAUACAAUUUAUCUCUGCAAUAUUUUACAAAUAGUUAAGUUAAUUUAUUUUAUUUCAUCUUUGUUUACGGUUGAUCUUUUAAAGAUUCAGUCUUCUUUGGUAUAUGUAAGUUUACUCAGUAAUGGCAAAACUGUUUGGUUAUCACAUUACUGAAUAAAUUAACAUGUACCAGUGAAGACUUAAUUUAUCUGCUUUUGUAGCCAGCGUGAUUGAAGGUUCUAAAUUUAUUUAUGCUUUUUAGAGUUAAAAACAGUCUUUUAUUGCACACCUCCAGCUGAGAAAAAUAUGACAAAGCAAAUACUUAGAACAGACAAUAUUAACAAAAUACCGGUCUUUUGCACAGAUGUACUUAAACUCGGCAAAUGCAGGCAAAUGUGUUCACUGUAUAUGUCCUUUGCUUAAAAAACAAAUGCUAACUAAACGCGACUGCCUCGAGAGCAAGCCAGUAUUCAAUUAAGAAUGUUCUGUUCAUUAAGAAAUGUCCACUAAUGCAUUCGGCGGCUGAAAAGGUUUGUAAUAUAAGUGUGCAGAUGCAUAAUUUGCUGGUUUUUUUUUUUUUUCGUCCCCUAGUUCGGCGACUAUAAAACACUUCCUUCCUCACCUGACAGUCAGAUGUUUUUCGUAAGAUUCGCAUGCCGAGAAGAUCUUUUCGCAAUAGCUUCGUUCGCGGUGUGGAAGCCGGCCAGAAAUCAGCUUGUUUUUCACGAUUAAUCAGGCGACAUGCAGAACUACGAGCAAUAUACUGCCACUACAGCCUUCGUUUGCCCGUUGUAUCUUCUCACUAUCGUCCUGGGCUCGCUCGGUAAUGGAAUGGUGAUCUACUCCUAUUUGACGGACAAGUCGAUUCACCAGACUUUCAACUUUCUCAUCACCAACUUGGCCAUCGCCGACCUCUUAAUCUGCCUUCUCUUCACGCCGAUGCUGUUCAUCUACCGAGUGUACCCGAAAGGAGAGAUCAUCGCGAACACGCCAGUCUGUGAAAUAAGCUUGUUCUUGUCCAUGUUCAGCAUUUCACUGAUGUAUUUCGUGUUCCCUCUGUUGGCGUAUCAUCGAAAAGACGUCAUGCUACGACCGCAGAAUCCAAGGCUCUCUCUGGCGCAAGCACGCCUGGUGAUGUACAUUUUCUGGUUCCUCUGCAUCUUGGCCUCGCUGUUCAUGGUCCUACUGGCUCGAAAUGAGUUCACAAGUGGUGACACCACCCCGAAACUUUACCGCUGCCUGUUGAUCAACCAGCGCUUGGACACCUACGCGAAAAUCUUCCUCGGCUACUCAGCGACCCUCUAUGGCCUUUCCAUUCUCAUAACAGCCGUGACGUACGUCCAGAUAUUCCGAACGCUGCACACUCACAUAGAAGGAGUGAAUGGCUCGGCGGACGAGCGACACGUCACGAAGUUGUGUUUCUGGGUCGCCAUCGUCUACACCGCUUUCUGGACCCCGUUUCUUCUCGUCCAACUUGGUGGCGUCUUUGGUACUUACACGGAGCUUCACUUUAACCUGCAUGGUUGUUCUUCUGCUAUUGGAGUGAUUGGGUCAGCGGUGAAUCCUGUGUUGUAUGCGGUCAUGAACCCUUACUACAGGACCAGGCUGUACCACGUGUUCAAGAAAGCGACUUGUCGCCAGUGACAGUAACAUGCGAAGAUUGCUGUUCAUUGCUUGGUGUUGUAAAAGCUUAAAGCUUUAGGCUUAAUGCUUUUUGGUUAGGAGAUAACAAAAAGUUAUCAGUGAUUACAGUUGGUGUUGUUAGAAAUGACGAAGGUUAAAACAUCUCUUACUGUGUAUUUAAGUUAAAUGUUCGGGAUGAAGUUUUAAAUGCUAAGAGUACCAUUAUUAACUUCUAUUAAGGCUUAGCCUAGGUAUAAUUAAGUCGAAAAUCUCAAGCAUAGUGCUAUUCCCUUGGCCUUAUUUUGUUUUGCACAUAAAAGGCAGGGGGAUAACUUGAAAACCGCAAGGUUCAUUUAUCCCCUUGGCUCGACUUUAAGCACAUAUCUUUAUUUUCUAUGCAAAUGCGUAUCAAGUGUCUAGAGGGUCCUAGAGUGAAUAAAGCAUUGUUGUUGUAAGAAUACAUGUAUAGUUGAGUCGCUGGCUUGUUAAAGUAUUUCUUAACUAAAACUUUAAAUUUGUUGCUACUAUACAAAAACUCGACCGUAUCAGUUUUCUUGGAAACUGCACCAUUUGUAACUGAUGGUUCAGUCGACUCUAAAAGGAAAAAUCAUAGAUCAUUUAUCAGGAAAACAGGCUCGUUUUUUCCGAACGAAUCUGUUUCACACCUUUCUCAAGUUUAGCCGAGUUGAUUCAAGGGUGCAACAGUUUUGUCUUGAUUCCCCAAUGAAUCGUGAAUUUUAUCUUGACUUGCUUUGUCUGCCCUCGAAACUUGUUUUGCCAUUGUGACACAAGACCGUGAGAAAGAAAAACAAACAAACAAACAAACAAACAAACAACAACAACAAUAACAGGCAAGCUAAGUUUUAUUCAACUUGUUUUAUGUCGAUUUAUGGCUAUCAAUGCGGUAACUAUCACAGGAGACACACUCGUUAUUCCUACGAGUACGUAUGUAAGAAAUAACAUGAUGUAUAUAAUAUGUGCAAAGAAAGUUCGCUACGUAAGCUCUGAUUUUAAGUGCAUGUUACUAACAUACUUUAUGUAUGAUAUCUGAACCCAGAUAUACGUUAUACCAACUUUUCAGAGGUAAUAUAAGAAAGUAAACUAUUCUGAAAAACUGAACUUGAAUUUUGCGUCAGUUUAUUGAACUGUCGAAUGAAACAGUAAUGUAAGAAAGAAAACCCAAAGAAAUAAAAUCGUGUCAGACGAGAAAGAGAAAAAUAAAUAAUCAUGAACGA